AUGCCGGCCUUUGUCUGUCCCCAGUGUCUCGAGGAAUGGUUACCAGAUUCUCCAACAGCUCGACUCCUCACAUCACUACGAGCAUCGAAAACGUCCAACAAGAUAACCAUGGGAUCUCUAGCACCGUUACCGCCUUCGCGCCCGGCGACUGACCCUACUGUCUACGAUGCCCACCAUCGAACCUUUGCUGACUCGCAAUUGCCAUCCAAGCCUGACGAGUGGCUCCAACGUGCUGCACGCGUGUCCGCCAUCUUAGCAGAAGAUGCUGCCCAUCGCGAGAAGGAGAAUAAAUGCCCCAUAGCCGAAGUAACCCUGCUCAAAUCUUCAGGUCUUACCAAGGUCCUAGGUCCUCAGGAGUACGGCGGUGGUGGGCAGGGGUGGGAUGUAGCUUACAAAGUUAUCCGUGAAAUUGCUAAAGCUGAUGGCUCCGUUGGCAUGCUUCUCGGCUACCAUUUGCUCUGGAGCUGGACGGCUAAUGUCGUUGGUACGGACGAACAGAAGGCUCGGACGCAGAAGUUGAUUAUUGAGAAUAACUACUUCGUUGGUGGUGCGGUUAAUCCGAGGGAUAACGACCAAACGAUCACGGAUGAUGGCGAUCACAUCAUCUUCAGUGGAUUCAAGCACUUCAACACUGGUGGUGUGGUGUCUGAUUUGACGGUCCUUGAAGGGGUCUAUGAAGGCACAGACAAACAUAUUUUCACCCUGGCUCUUACGAACCAACCAGCAAUCGUCUUCUCUCACAACUGGGACAACAUCGGCCUUCGUCUCACCGAGUCUGGCAGCGUCAAGAUCGAUAACGUCCGAGUCCCGUGGACAGAUGCCCUAGGCUGGGAUCCCACCACCAAGGAACCUAUUGAGAGCAUCCUGACUAUCCCGUGGGCCACGCUGCUUCUGCCAACCAUCCAACUCGUCUUCUCCAACUUCUACAUCGGCAUCGCACUCGGCGCCCUCUCCUUCGCCUCCACCUACACAACCAAACACACCCGCCCGUGGCCCUACACCCCCUCCCCCGCCCCCUCCGCCACAUCCGAACCCUACAUCCUCGCGCGCUACGGCUCCUUCUUCGCGCACCUCCGCGCCGCCGAAGCCCUCGCCGACCUCGCCGGCGCCAAAAUCUCCGACAUCUACACCCACCACGGCGCGAAGAGAGACAUCACGGCGGCGCAGAGGGGAGAGGUCGCGGAGUGGGUCGCGAGCGUCAAGGUCGUGGCGACCGAUACGGCCCUGAGGGUCACGGGGGGGGUGUUUGAAACGACGGGCGCGAGGGCGACGGCCGGGAAGGUGGGGCUGGAUCGCUUCUGGAGGGAUGUCAGGACGCAUUCGUUGCAUGAUCCGGUCGCGUACAAGGAGAUGGAGUUGGGGAGGUAUGUGCUUUUGGGGGAGGUGCCGGAGCCGAGUUGGUAUACUUGA